CGCACCUCAUCGUGGCGCUUGGUUGUGUGUGAAGUUCUCGAGCGUGCGCACAUCCACCUCCACUAACGCACAAAGCGCUUCUGCUCAGGUUACUGUAAAUGAGACCUCCAGUCUUACUACAAUUAGCUGUUUAAUGGACUAAAUAGCCAGGGGGACCAGAAGCCAUAAUAUGAAGAAACGCUACAUGGAUAUAGGCAGGCUACGGAAAAUGAAAAAGAUUAAACUCACAGAGAAGAUUUCCGAAAGCGCUUGCUCUGUUCUGAAGUUCAUGAUCGUCUGGAUGCUGGUGCUGUUAGCUGACUUUAUUCUGGAGUUCAGACUAGAAUACCUGUGGCCAUGUUGGCUCUUUCUAGGGACCGUCUACACCACAUUCCACUGUCAUGGACUGGCCAUCUGUGUGGUUUUUGUGUGUGCGGCAUUUACCCUGGACUUAUUCUGUUUAAUUUUUGUACCCUUGCACUGGCUGUUUUUUGCAGCCAGCACAUAUGUCUUACUCAACUAUAUGUGGCAUACAGAAAAGGGAAUCUGUAUGUCAUCUGUGACAUUAUGGAUACUCUUAGUGUAUAUGGAGGCCUCUCUACGGUUGCGGGACUUGAAAAGCCCUCAUGCAAAUCUGUCCCAUCUAUUUGCUGCACACUGCAUUGGUUAUCCACUAGUGUAUAUGGGAUUUGAUGCAACAUGCUACUUCUUCAGUAUGUUUAAGCUGCGCACUCAGAAAUCAGUUCAGAGUGAGAAUGACCUCCACAUGGAUCUCCUGCAACAAUCCCUACCUCCUUCUAUGCACCUGUAUCCAAAAUUGUGGGUGGAAGAUCCCAAAUAUAAGGUGGCCAAAUCUAGGCCGACACAAUACCAGUGUCCAUCCAAUUCCAUCACCUCAGAGGACAAACAAAACAUGGAAGACUGCCUUCAAAUCCACAGACUUCCUGCGAGACCCGAAAGAGAUGCAAAUCCACAAAUUCCAGGACCCAAGCACCGUGGAGGGGAACUUCAUUUGGACUCUACAUCCAUGCUAGAAAUGCCUGAAAACCUACCUCAGGAGGAUCAGAGCAGCAAAGCUCAAAGACCCUCCAAGAGCUCCUUGCCUAAAGUGCAUCGAGGUUCAGUGAAUAUCCCUAACAGCAAAGGGGAGAAGAGGCAGAAAGCCCCCAAAGCCAUCAACACAAUAGGGGACUCUGCUGAAAGGUGCUCGUCAAACAUCUCACCAAGUCCUCCGAACCCACAUGCUGAGCAGAUGCUGAAGCUGGAACAAGAAAUGAGGAAUCUGAAGGGAGAGCUGCAGGCGAGCAGACAGAGUGAGCAGGAGCUGCGCAGUCACAUUUGUAAUCUGACCAACAGUGAACACAGUCUGCGCCCUGAAGUCUCUCUGCUCAGACAUGCAAAUGAACUGCUGCAAAACAAGAUUCAGUGUCUUACAAAAUCCAGACAGAAGGACAAACAAAACUGUUCCUUGCUGGAAAAGAAAAUCAGAAUGGAAACAGAGGCUCAGGUUGCAGUAGAAAAACAACUCGCAGAAGUCAGAGCCCAAAAAUUUGAUGAAGCAACGAUUUUAUUUCGAAGCGCAUCAUUCAGGCAAGAACACAGUGAAACUCAAAUGCUGAGGAAAAAAGCUAAAGAUCUAGACUCAGAGUACAAACAACUACAGCUGGAAUAUCAGGAGAAAGAAAAUCGAAUGAUAGCUCUAGAGAAUGAAGUGGAGGUAAAGAACGUGGUUCUAGACCUCUUCUCUGCGCUCGGAGAUGCACGCAGACAGCUGGAGAUAGCGCAAGUUAAAAUUCUGAAACAAGACCAUGAGGUCAAAGAAAUGAAGCAGAAGCUUGCUGAAGCGAUGGCCGUGGCUCCAGGUAUGUCGUACAUGGCCCCCAGGUCCUCUAUGCCUCAGUACCUCAAGUUCUUCAACUCUGAGCGCUACAUGCUGAAUCCCAGAGCGCUCAUGUAUCAGUGUCUUAAGAAAUAAGACCAGCAAGGACAAAUCGGCUUUUGAAGGAUUGUUUUGACUCGACAUUCCAAACACGGGGGCAUCUCUGCUUCAAGAUUUGCCUGAAAACUUUGCCUUUUGACAAUGCCAACAGCCUCUGGUGAGUCUUCGGCUGUGUUUACUGAUUCCAGCAGAGACACUGAGGCCGCUUAUAGGUGACCUUGCUUUGAGAUUCAUUCCAGAAUCAAAGUUGACUGUAAAUACAUUGUUGACCAGCAGGCGACCAUCGAAUGCUGAGCAAACCGCUGCAAACUGCAUAAAUGGCAAGAUACCAGUAUAAUGAAAAGUGUGAACUUGAUGAGGAGCACAGUUCAUUGUGAGGACAAGAUAUCCUGUGUUGGGUUUAAAAUGAAGAGGCUUUUCUUCAGCCAUGACAAUAACAGGCCAAUGCCUCACUUGGUCAUUCUGUGCCUCAUUAUUUAUGUGAAUUAAAUUUAUAUAACAAGCCAAUAUCAAACGUAAGUCAGUAUGUGAAUAUUUGAGUGCUUUGUAACGUUUUGUAUUCUUUUUACAUUACACACGUUAUAACAGAAGUGAUCAACACCCCAAAAAAAUGUUUGUAGGUUUUCAUGUUUCUGAAAUUGACUUUUUUAUGUAUC